GAAUUUGAAUUGGUGAAUUAGCGUUUUCACCUGUGGGUACGGGUGUGGGUCGGUGAAGCGAUCACGAAAUGGUGCAGCUUCGUACAGUGUGAUCCUGACGAUUCACAGUGGAUUGGAACGGAAAAGAUUCGAUAAUUUGUCGCCUUUUUGCAACUUGUAAAUGUGCAUAAAAGGGCCAGUGUGUGUAUGGUGUCAGCAGUUAGCUUGCGUGUAACACGUGUGUGUGCAUGAAGGCAUUUAUCGACGAUAUUUUAGUGUUUACCCUUGGAAUAUUUAUUAAUUUAGUUGUGUUUACGUUUUGAUUGAAUUCAUUGUGUGUGAUGGCGACUUCGGGAGGGGAUAUUUCCCCAAACGACAGUCCAUUUUUCGCCAGGGAGGGCCAUGAUCCCCACUUUCCCCCGAACAUGAGCCCUCCACUCACUCAACAGAUAAACGCUGGACAUCCUUGUUCCAACUGUAAAGAGCUCUGUCCUGGGUUUGAACUACAUUUUUGGAGAAAAAUAUGUAAACAUUGCAAAUGUCCGCCGGAGACCCAUGACAUGACCAGUACCGGGGACCAGGAACGCAGCCUCCAGCGUCUGAUCCACGACACAAAACGCAACUCCACAUCUGAUGAUGACAGUGGAUGUCCGCUGGAGGAAUACACCUGGGUACCACCUGGACUUAAACCAGAACAGGUCCAUCAGUACUUUAGUGCUUUACCAGAAGAUAAAGUUCCGUACCUGAACAGCGUCGGGGAAAAGUAUCGAGUGCGUCAGCUGCUGCAGCAGUUACCUCCCCAUGACAAUGAGGUACGAUACUGUAAUACGCUAUCUGAGGAGGAGAAGAGGGAGCUACGGAUGUUCAGCACUCAAAGGAAACGAGAGGCCCUGGGGCGGGGCAGCGUGCGGCCACUACCCCUCACCAUGCAGGGAAGCAUAUGUACAAAGUGUCAAGAGGCAGUACCUGGAGGUUCAAUGGCAGUGUUUGCGUCGCGGGCUGGACACAACCAAUGUUGGCACCCUGCAUGUUUUUUGUGUACUACAUGUGAGGAACUGCUUGUUGACCUGAUCUACUUCUUCAAGGACGAGGCUCUGUACUGUGGGCGACACCACGCCGAGCUUAUCAAGCCACGAUGUGCUGCAUGUGAUGAGAUAAUUUUUGCAGAUGAAUGUACAGAGGCAGAAGGUCGGAGCUGGCACAUGAAACAUUUCUGCUGUUUUGAAUGUGACCGGCAGCUGGGUGGUCAACGAUACAUCAUGAAAGAAGGACGACCAUACUGCUGUAUAUGUUUCGAAAGGAUGUUUGCGGAAUAUUGUGACACAUGCGGGGAGCACAUCGGUGUGGAUCAGGGACAGAUGACGCACGAGGGACAGCAUUGGCAUGCCACCGAGGUGUGUUUUAAGUGUCAUACGUGUCAAAAGUCGUUAAUUGGACAGCCGUUUUUACCUAAACAUGGAGUUAUUUACUGUUCCGCUUCAUGCAGUCGGGCAGGGUCAAUGCAAACACAGACCCCACGCCGCCCCGAGGAUUAUGCUGCAGAUAUUGACGGUAUGAGGCUAGGCUCGCCCGUCAGUCACGCCCUGCAGGAGAACAGUGUAAUGGGCAUACAGGAAGCUCUACGUCAACAGUACUCUCUGUCGGAUAACAGUCAACCUUCGUCUGAUCGUGAUCAAGGUUACGCCACUAGUAGUAACAGUGAAGUGUACGCACCAGGAAUGUACGAACCGCCUCAGUCACAACUUUCUCAUGUGAGAGAUUCACAGUGUAAUUACCCACUCAAUCUAGACGGUCUGAGUGAAACACUGCCACCUGUGUACGAAGGUGUGCGGAGAAAGAAACGCUUGUCGCAAUUCUCCAUGCCUGACCUCUCAAAGGAGCCGAGCUCUCCACUGCUCAACGAGCGACACAGCAAUAGUAGUUCACGAAGCCGAAGCCGGUCCGGCUCUCAAUCAAACCUCAAUCUUGGUGGCUUUCAUAACUAUGAGGAAAUUGGGCCAGCGUUGUUUCAGUCGGAUUACUUGCCCAGUAAGACUGUACCUCAUUUUUACGGGAAUCAGCCGGAGAGGUCUCUGAGUUCGUCACACGCUGGUAACAUUCAGAGUUACCCAGAAUUGCGAAACAUACGUGUUAAUCCAUCACCCUUCAAGCGAGGUGCGAAAUCCACCUCCGUUACCGGACGUGAAAAAAUGAACCCUAUACGACGUCCUCCCACAGGGCGUACUCCACAGCCACUGCAGGCAUCACGAUACCCGCGUAGUCGGAGUUUCGAGGGCCGACCCUCAGACAGACACCAUCAUCGUGAUUAUCACAGAGAUCAUAGGAGUCAUGGUCACCAUCACCAUGACCGCAGAGGACAUGCAAAUGACUUCCAAAAUUGUGUGAAUGACCUUAGAGGUCAUCCAAAUGAGUUACCAUCCACAAGUCAGGAUCCGGCGAAUCAAACUCGUCGUGUCGAGUUUCUAGAUGACUAUGAGGAUGAUCAAUGUAGCACAUGUUCAAGUUCUACGGAUUCAGAGGACUUUUAUUACUAUUACGACAAUCCGCGAAGCUACACCAACAAAAUUUCGUACGUGGACGAUAUGGGUGUCGGUCUCGGGCAGUCUAACGCCAUGAGAUCGCGGACAUCAGGUCGGCACCGCAGUAAAAACAAGCAGUGUGUAAUCUCCUGAAGAGUGAUCUUCGGUGUUAUCAGGAGGUCGUUAAGAUGCAUGGCCAUCUUUGGGAUUAUGGUUUAUGAUUCAAGGGAGAUAACUGUUUUUACUCAACGCUUUGAAAAUGCACAAGUUAUGCGACUUGAAUGUCACACAUUGCUAACCAAACUGUCAAAGAAUAUAAAAACUGUGUUCAUUACUUAUAUAAACUCCUUAAGUUAUAUGGUGAUAAUUCUAACAUAUGUGUUUUCAUGAUUUCGUUGUGUGUGUUCUCUUGUAUUGGGAUUUCAGAGUCUAAUUUCAAGGUAGUUGCGGGAUGCAGUAGUUAAAGGUUUAUAAAUGACUGAAGUCUUUCAGAUGAUGACCAAUGGUGUUUUCAUUUGCUUAAAUGAUAUUAUUGACCAAUCUGAUUAAAGUUGUACCAUAAUCUGCACUAGCGUUCUCUAAACUACUGCAGUCAGUCAAAGAAGGGAAGUGUAGUACAUUUGUACAUUGGAUGGGAUCACAGACCUAUAUAGGGGUUUAAUCAAAUUGACUAUUGGCUAGUUUUCUGUACUGAAUUGUUAUCAUAUUUAUAAAUUUAAAAAUUAACAUAGAUUAAACUUUAAAUUGCUUUAGCUCAUCAGAAAAUUAAGCUUUAUGUGCUGGGUUUAAAUUCACAUUUACUUAUAAAGUGGUUUUGAAAACUCUUUCUUUGAGAAAUCCCAGAAAAUCUUAGAUAUCAUAUUGAAAUCCAGUAUUUAAUUUCAGAAUCAUUGGUUUUUUGUAUAGCUGUGCAUGCAAAUUUCUUUCAAAACAUCCUGAGCUGCCCAAUUUAAAUACAUUAUGUACGUAUAUCCUAUAUUUAGUGUAAUUGAUGCCAGUAUAUUCAAAAACAUCAUUUUGUGUAAAUUUUCACCCACAUUUAGUGUCGUGACAACUACAUCUAUUACAGAUAUAUCAACAUAAAUAUAUACUAUCAGUAUACAGAGUAUAUACAAGUGUUAAUAUCAAUUUUUUUUUUUUUUUCAAAAUGCAAAAAACUUUAGUUUUCAAAUCAUUUUAUUAAAGUUGUUUUAGUUCACAAAUAAAGAAUAUUUUAUAGUCAAGGUCACCCAUGAAUUUAUAAGUAGGUCAAGGUCAAAUGGACCUUAGUGCUACCUUAAAUAAAUGUGUUUUUAAUCAAGAUUGGAUUUUUUUUUCCUUGAGAAUUUUAUGACAGUUUUACUUGAAGGAGAGUCUAGUGCUAAAUCAAUAUAUAUAUUGACUAUACUCACAAAUCAAGUGUUGUGAUAUUUUCCAUGUUUUGUCUACGAGGGUACCUCUAGUCUUGUGACCAAAUGUUCAUAGUUUAAAGGUGCACGUUCUGUAAUUUAACCUGCAUACUUUUCAAUGUAAAAAUGCCAACAGAUUAUCUUCCAGAAAACAUGUUACAGUGGAAUUCGCUUAUUUGUUUUUCCAGGUGAAAAUAUGCAAAUAAGAGGAGUAUGCAAAUAGGCGGAGUUUUGUUCCUUCCUAGACCCAUGUGCAUCAUCAUCAUCAUCCGUGCACAUCUGUACCCAUAAUACAUUUAAUGAUUUACAUUUGUAGUACGAAAAAUAAUUGGGGGAAGUUUUUGGAUUCUACUAAUAUGCUAAAAUUCUGUAUUAAAAAAUUAUAUUAAGGGUUUUUUGUGUAUUUUGAAUGAUCUUUUACUUAAUCUAUCUACUGAGACUAGGACAAUGAUACUUCAUAUUCCAUGCUACAUUUGCAUCAGAAAAUUACAGAAUGUGUGCCCUUAAAAAUGUUCUGUAGAUAUUAUAUAUAUAUAUAUAUUUGUAUGUGUCUGGUCUCGUUAUGAGUAUAUUGGCAACUCUGUGUAUAUUUGGAACUAUUUAAAUCUGUAAAUACUUGUGAAUAAACCUUAUUGUUAUAUAUGUACCUGGCACGGAGUACAGCAAUCAAUAAAAAUUUUUUAUCAUGGCUAGACCGAGGCACCUGGUGAUGAUAGGUUGACGAAAAUUAAUGUGGGAGAACAAAAAAAUCUUCACUAAUAUCUGGCUGUCAAAAAUAUGCAACAGAAAAAUGGUUGGUAAAAAUUGAAUAAAAAAAUUUGGCUGUUUGUUAAUUUCACACAAAGCUAAGUCUUGCUUUCAAAAUGAAUAUACAUAAUGAUUUGGUGUGUUAUAAUAUUAAUAUCAAAUUAAAAAAAUGAGUUGUCUGUAAAUUUUACUUACAUGCAAAAUGAGUUGAGUUAUUUCCCCUGACCCUCUGCCUUGACUCUGCCAUGUAUGUAUUACGGUAUCAGUAUUAUAUAUAUGUCUAUGUUAAGAAGGUAUAACAAAUUACUUAUUAUUAUCAUUCAUUUAUCAUCAGCUACAAAAAUAAAUUUAAUCAAUUAAGCAGUUUUAGGUAAAAUUUAGUGUAUUUUAUAAUGCAUUUUUAUUUACCCUACGAUUUUAAUUUAGAACCUGUUUGAUAAUCAUUCUCUAACACUGUUUUUAGCUCACCUGGUCUUAUGUCAAUUAUCUGUCAAACAUCUUUCGUCUGGCUGACAACCGCCGUCUCUCCGCCGUCUGAAAGAUCUAGCUUCUUAUCAACUUUUUCCAUUUAAAUCACUACUAGUCAUGGACAACUUGGUAGAUUUUGAUCAAACUUGAUCUUGGUUGAAGUGGAACCAAUAUUGUAUAAAAUGUGGGUUCAGCCCCUCAUGGGUCUGAGUGGUGGGGCCCAAUAGGGAAAACAUAUAAAUCCUUCUUCUGUAGGAAUGAAAUUGGUCUGAAGCAUCCUUUGGUAAAGGAGAACCAAUUUUGUAUAAACAGUGAGUCUGGCCUUUGAGGGACAGGGCUCAAUGGGAGAAAUGUAUCAAAUGCUUUAAAAUCCUAAUUGUGUAGAAAUGUAGAAUAUUGAUCACUGCAAUAUCCAGGUGAGCGAUACAGGCCCUCUUGGCCUCUUGUUUUUUUUAAGUUCAUAGUAGCAACUGACUUAUUGUAAAAAAUGUUGAAAUGUAGGGACUUUGGUGUAAGUAUACAGUAUAUCUGUAUUUUCAAGAGUUUUCAAAUAAUCGCUAUAGCAACUUUCGUGCAGAAACUUGACAACUCUGGGACGGAAAUGUGACCAACUCUAUAGCAAUCCUCGGGUGGAUCUGGUGACCUUUGUAAAAAUAUAUUGAGAAGUAACAUCUUUUUGGGAUUACAAGAUCCAGCCUCAUUUUUGGCCUUGGGUAAAGUUUUCUUAAGUGUUAAAUGGUAAUGAUAUCUAGAUGACACAUCCGUACUGGUCCGACAAUAUCAUAAAAAAAUGCUUGUAUUAUCAGAAAAAGGGGAUGUUGAUCAAUUUGGACAUUUUUCAGAUAAUCCUCAUCCUUUCAGGGAGGUCAUUUAGACAGGUGAUGACACAGGGACUUGACACAAAUUCACAACCCACGAAACAUGGAAGCAAGUCCCUGUGCAUGAUGAUAUAGACAGUUUUCCUAUAUCGACAUUGUGAUAUUAGUUCCCAUCUGUGAUUCAUUCAUUAGUUAUUACAGAUACUUUGUUGGAUAGCAGACGUUAGAUUAUUGACACGCGUGAUAUUUAAGUUAACAUUCUUUCUUCGUAUCUUUGUAUGCAAAUCAUGCUUUGUGCCUUUGUGUAUAAAUCAGUAUGCAGUCUUCUCUAUAAAUUUCAAUGUAUAUAUAUAUGUGAGACAGGACAUCAAAAUAAAAAUGAAUUUACCUCUAAA